AUGCCUGGCCAAGCUGAGACCCAUGGAUCCAUCAGCUCACCAGAGGUAGUCUCUAGAGAGCGAAAGAGGAGGAAGCAUUGCCGUUCUCGAGCAGGCUGUCUUCCCUGUCGUAGACGAAGGCGCAGAUGUGACGGGGGUCGUCCCACUUGUCGGGAAUGCCACAUACGGCACGAUCAAUGUUUUUGGGGCCUCAAGGUCUCUUUCCAUCCGUCCAGGUCACUCCAGCUCUCUUCAGAACAUGUCGCUGCCCUCGUGGCUGUCGAUAGGCAAAGGCGAGAGGCUCGAACCGACGCGACUGAAGCUGCUGAACCUGCUUCCCCAACGCUCGUUAUUAUAGAUGAUACGGAUGACAUUGUUCAGUCUUAUAGAAGAGAUGAUGCUCAGUCACCCGAGGAUGAUUCUGACUGCCAUGUCGAACAGGAUGCUGGUUCCGAGCACUUCCAGGGCGCCUCAGACCUCAUACCAGGAGCCACACAGCCUUACCCAGGCUAUCCAGAUAAUGGAGGAGGUGAGAUUUACGUCGAGGAAUCAGGGCACGAUAGCUUCAACGACGACACUGUUGCUCCGGCUGAGGCUAUUCAUCCCUUCCAUGUCGCAGAGCCUCCGGAGCUUCCCUCAGGAAUCUUCAGAACGCCCUUCAUAUCUGAUCUUUUCUUACAUGGCUCUCCCAUUGCUCCCUUCUCCCUCGGACAAGCUUUCUCCCGCGGUGCUCCCCCGGAGCCUGAACCUCGGUUCCCCAUCUCGCAGCGGAUGAAGGCUGGCCUCAUCUCCAACUACAUAAGGGAGACUGCCACGUGGUGUGAGACGACGGACUCUGACAUGCACUUUUCUGUGCGAAGCGUUCAUCGCAUGAUGGAGUCUACGCCCUUUGUUGCUGCGGCCAUGUCUCUGGCUUCCCGUCAGCUUGACAGCUUGCGGGCACGCCCUAGACAAAUCACGCUCGAGCUGUAUCAGUACACUGUUCGUCUUCUUCUCAGCCAUGAUCCUGCUGUUGAUGGGUCAUCCAUCUUGGCAACGUGCACCUUGCUUUGUGUCUACGAGAUGAUGGCAUCAACUGUGGCCGAGUGGCGGCGUCACCUUCAGGGAUGUGCCGGUUUAUUGCGGAUGCGGAAGUGGAACGGUAACAGUGCGGGCAUAGUCAAGACGUGUUUCUGGGCAUUUGCAAGGAUAGACGUGUGGGCUGCAUUCAUCUUGGACCAAACAACGCUCAUCCCCACCGACUCGUGGGUUGAAGAGGACUCACUUACGGUAGUUGCUGCCAGGGGCAACACGGAUGACUACUGUAACUUUUCCAUCCUCAUAUUUGCAAGAAUCAUCAACCUCCUCAACGCAAGCGGUGACUCUUCGUCAGCCGAGUUGAGGGAAAAGGCACAGGCGUCGUGGGAAGAGCUUCAACGGUGGAGGCGCUGGCGUCAACAGAGUGCUAAGCCGCUGAUGAGAGUGGAUGCGGGAAACAAGAAUCCUUUUCCAACCAUUGUCUUUGCAUCAUCUGCAUCGAUAUGUGGGAAUACCUUCUACCAUACUGGCUCAAUCCUCCUGCUGCAGAGCGGAUUGGUCCCGGACACUUCUUCAGUCGAUGAAAAACGGGUGCGCGAUCCUGUAUGGCAUGCUCGUGAACUUGGAGGCAUCUCCAUCAGCAAUCCAUCACACGCCAACUGGGUGAACCAUCUUCAACCAUUGUAUAUUGCUGGGAGGGUGUUUGGCCCCCGCAGCAAAGCCCCUCGUUCUGCCCAGCAUCAAAGUGGCCGCAUGCAUGCUCCUGUUGAAGCCAGCUCCCCAUCCGCAGAUGAAUCAACAGAUGAUGGAGAUGGGAUGGCGGAGGUUUCCGAGUUUCCUGCGGAAAAGAUGGCACUCCUGAAGCAUCUUGCCAAGAUUGAGAGGGAGACGGGGUGGAAGACGUCGGAUCGGGCAAGAGAGUUGAGGAUCCUCUGGGGUUUGGAGAAUUAA